UCCCCUCCCUCCUCCCUCCGCCCGGCUCACCUUGCUCAGUGAGCGGCCCGGCCCACACAGCGCAGCGCGGUGUCGUGCCCCUCGAGGUGCUUCCGAGCAGAGCGGCGGCCCGCGUGGCUCUGUGUACGGUACGUAGCGUAGCGUCAGCGAGCGCGUGCAUCAGUGUGAACCGCCGGUCCGAGCAUGGAGGAGUUAGCCAGAGAGAGUAUCAGCCUGCUGGCCUCAGCCUCAGCCAAGCCCCCGCUGGACGUGACCGCCGGGCCUCGGCUCGGAUCCCUGGGGGCCAUUUUCAUCAUGCUGAAAUCCGCCCUGGGCGCCGGCCUCCUCAACUUCCCCUGGGCCUUCGAGAGAGCCGGGGGCAUCCGCAGCGCAUUGACCGUGGAGCUGGUGUCCCUUGUGUUCCUGGUCAGUGGACUGAUCAUCCUGGGCUACUCUUCGUCCAUCAGCGGCCAGUGCACCUACCAGGCGGUGGUGAAGGAGGUGUGCGGGCCAGCCAUCGGUCAGCUGUGCGAGAUCUGCUUCGUCUUCAACCUCUUCAUGAUCUCUGUGGCCUUUCUGGUUAUAGUCGAUGACCAGCUGGAGAAGUUGUGCGGUUCCCUCUAUGAGCUGGUAACUGGUUUGUCCGAGUCAGAGAUGCCGUACCACUUCUACACAGACCAGCGCUUCGCCCUUCUGCUGCUCUGCAUCCUCCUCAUUCUGCCGCUGUCCAUCCCCAAAGAGAUCAGCAUUCAGAAAUACAUCAGUGUUCUAGGCACUCUGGCUGCGACCUACCUGACCAUCGCCAUCAUCAUCAAAUACCACACGGCUCCGGUUCUAGUUCACAUCGCCCCUCUCUACAGCAGUGGGAUCAGCUCCUGGGCCUCCAUGUUCAGCGUCAUCCCGACCAUCUGCUUUGGUUUCCAAUGCCACGAGGCGUCCAUCGCCAUCUACAGCAGCAUGGAGAACCAGCGGCUCUCCCACUGGGUCUUCAUCUCAUUGGUCUCCAUGAUCAUCUGUCUCGUCAUCUACACGCUCACAGGGGUUUAUGGGUACCUGACAUUUGGAAAGGAUGUGAAGGCCGACAUUCUGAUGUCGUACACCGGCGAUGACAUUCUGAUGCUCAUCGCCAGGCUGCUGUUUGGAAUCUCCAUCAUCACCAUCUAUCCCAUCAUCCUGCUGCUGGGCAGAUCAGUGAUCCAGGACCCCCUCUUGAGCUGGUGGCGAAGGCGUGACAGCAUUGCAACGGUGGCGUUUGAACGCCGCAGCCGCUACGUGCUGACGGUCCUGUGGAUAAUAUCGACACUGCUCAUAGCCAUGUUUGUACCUGACAUCAGCAAGGUCAUCAGUGUCAUCGGCGGGAUCAGCGCCUUCUUCAUCUUUAUCUUUCCAGGACUCUGUCUGAUGUUUGCCAUGCAGUCUGAGCCAGUGUCCUUGAAGACCAGAGUGAUCCUCACAGUUUGGGGAACGGUCACCCUGCUUUGCGGAGCUUUCAUCUUCGGCCAGAGCACCACCGUCGCCGUCAUGCAGGUCCUUGGAAAGAUCUGACCACUGCUCCACCCUCACUGACUAGAUCUCAACCUGUACUUGUACCUGUGGGUAAGACGGGGCGCUGUAAACUGAUGAUGUUAUAAACACGUUUGUCAGUUUAUAUUUCCUCAUUCCUGUUCUUGAUCACUGUUCCACACAAUAUUCGUUGUCAGCAUUGUAAUUCAACAACCAGCUGUAAUCAUUUGGACAACCUGCAUAUGAGAUUAUUUGACAGAAGCGCGGCUUGGGAACAUUUACAGGACCUGUUGGUAUCUACUGUAGAGCCAUAUGAGACUGAGCUGACAGAGGUUGCUGGUUGGAGCCACAAGGGAUGGGGAUAGAUUUCUGUACAUGUAUAUUUGUGUGUGUGUGUGUGUGUGUGUGUGUGUAAGACUUGUUUUGUGUGUUUAAAAAAACAGCAACCCACAUUUCUCAUAUGUGAAAAGUUUGUAAUGUUGUGUAAAGUAGUCAUGCUACCAGUGUAAUGAAAAGAUAACUGAAUUAAAUAAUUUUUAUAUGAAACCUUC